AUGCCUGAACCAAUCCGACUCAGGGUAUCCAAUGGCGUUGCUUAUGUGUGGGAUGUCGAUGAUAUCGCCGUGCUCCGUUCGCACCAUCAUAUAUGCGGCGCUCUGACCGGUACACUCCCGCAUCUAUCCCAGCAGAACGUGUUCCUGGGCGUGCCCCUCGUGCUCAUGCCCGAAGAAGUGGUUCUUCUGCUUGAGAAAAAGCUGGCAAUAAUCGUUGAUGAUCCUAGUGCUCAUCACGAACCGACUCUUCCAGCGAUCGAGAAAUGGAACGAGGAACGUACACAGGACGUGACCACCCAACUCGCUUUUAAUGCGGAAAAAGAGGCAAAGGAAACACUAUCUGGGCGAGGAACGUCGGAAAAAGCCUUGCAAAAGCGUAGAGAGCGCGAAGAACGAAAGGAAGCUGCAAGAGCGAUUGCACAUUCAAACGGCGAAGUGGACGAAACCGAACCCGCAGCCGCAGCCGCAGAAUCAGGCGCCAAACCCACUCAACCUGUUACUGAAGUCCCACAAAGCUUGACGAAAGUUGUGUUACCCGCACAUACAGUCCAAGUCGCCGCUCUUUCCGACAGACUUGAUUGGUAUACCCCUUCGCCGCAUACAUAUCCAUCCCUUGCUCUCGCACACGAUGCCGGUAUAUGGAUGUACCCCAGCAACCUCUCAGAACGUGCACGGUGCGGUGUCUUCCGUAGUUUAUGGGAGCAGGGCUUCUUUAUGGGCGUCGGUGUGAAGUUUGGAGGCGAAUAUUUAGUGUACCCGGGUGACCCACUCCGCUACCAUUCACACUUCGUCGCCAGCGUGGUAGACUCUCCUGAUACUGUUAUUAGACCGAUGGAGAUCGUUGCACAUGGACGUCUUGGCACCGGUACCAAGAAAGCUCAUCUCAUGUGUGAGUGGGACGACGACACUCGGACUGUGAAUUACACGUCCAUCGAGUGGGCAGGAUUUGGCUAA